AGCCGCCGCCUUCCUCCGCCCGUACCGCCGCCGCCGGCCGCGUAUCCGAGAGACCGGCCUGAGGGUGCUGAGAGGCAAAAUGGUCCACGCUGAAGCGUUUUCACGUCCCCUGAGCCGGAAUGAAGUGGUCGGGUUAAUUUUUCGUUUAACCAUAUUUGGUGCCGUAACAUAUUUUACCAUUAAAUGGAUGGUUGAUGCCAUUGAUCCGACCAGAAAGCAGAAAGUAGAAGCUCAGAAACAGGCUGAAAAACUAAUGAAGCAAAUCGGAGUGAAAAAUGUCAAGCUUACUGAAUACGAAAUGAGUAUUGCUGCACAUCUCGUAGACCCACUUAGCAUGCAUGUAACCUGGAGUGAUAUUGCAGGCUUAGAUGAUGUUAUUACAGAUUUGAAAGACACUGUCAUUUUGCCCAUCAAGAAGAAAUACUUGUUUGAGAAUUCCAGGCUCUUACAGCCACCAAAAGGAGUACUUCUCUAUGGCCCUCCCGGCUGUGGCAAAACGCUGAUCGCCAAAGCUACGGCAAAGGAAGCGGGUUGUCGAUUUAUUAAUCUCCAGCCGUCAACGUUGACGGACAAAUGGUAUGGAGAGUCUCAAAAACUGGCGGCUGCUGUCUUCUCCCUUGCUAUAAAGCUCCAACCGUCCAUCAUUUUUAUUGACGAAAUAGAUUCCUUCUUACGAAGUCGAUCGAGUUCUGACCAUGAAGCUACAGCUAUGAUGAAAGCUCAGUUCAUGAGUCUGUGGGAUGGACUGGACACCGAUUAUAACUGCCAAGUAGUAGUGAUGGGAGCCACCAACCGUCCUCAGGAUCUUGACUCCGCAAUCAUGAGAAGAAUGCCGACCCGGUUUCACAUCAACCAACCUGCUCUGAAACAAAGAGAAGCAAUCUUGAAGCUCAUUUUGAAAAAUGAAAAUGUGGACAGGCAUGUAGAUCUCCUAGAAGUUGCAAAAGAGACUGACGGCUUCUCAGGCAGUGAUCUGAAAGAAAUGUGCCGGGAUGCAGCGCUCCUCUGUGUCAGGGAAUACGUUAAUUCUGCCUGCGAAGAAGAAACCCGUGACGAAGAUGAAAUUCGGCCUGUGCAGCAGCAGGAUCUCCACAGGGCAAUUGAGAAGAUGAGAAAAUCGAAGGAUGCCACGCUGCAGAACGUUUUGAUGCACGUUAGUCUAGAUUAAGACAAAAGAGUGCGUUUGCAGUUUCUGAUGUGAUUUAGUUUGACUUCUGUAAUCCAUUAGCAAAAACAAUGUCAGGGGUUGGGAGCGGGGAUGUUCCUUCAAUAAGGGAGUUCUGUUUCUGGAAUUGUUUUUAUACAACAGAUUCUAAGUUAUUGAAAUUUCGUCAUGCACAACUAGAAGCGUAACAAUAGAUCACGAAGUGGAACAAUUACAGCCCAGACCAGGAGGGACUGCCUGUGUCUUGUCCCGUAACGAUGCGCUGCGUAGCCUUAAAGCGGGUUCUGAUGUGGCGCGUGGGUGCAGCGGGGCACCGGUGUGGAGGGGAGACGGUCCAUUACCAGUUUGUGUACGUAUGUACGAGCGUGUGUGUAUGUAUGAAAUGUAUAUAUCCACACUUUUUUUUUUAUAUAUAGACAUAAUCUGUAGAUAACUUGAGUAUGGAAAAUCUUUUCUACUUACUGAAUCACACCAAAUCAGAAGAUGUAUAGGUUAAAGAUUUGUCGAUACUCAGUUCACAUUUACUUCUUCCUUCUAGUGGCAAAUACGAAGACGGAAAUUCUGCUUCUAGAAUAACUUUCAGGCAAAAUUUGAAAUGUUACUGAUUUUGCUUUCACAUGACCACUUGAAAUCUGGUGCCAUUUAGUAAAGAUAGUGAACCACUGUAAAAAUGUUUGAAUACUUUUCAUUUUGUAUUAAUUCUGGUUUUUGAGGCUUUUUAAAUGAAUGCUGGUUUUAUUUUUAUUUUUCCCUCGAUGGGAGUAAUUAGAGUAGAAUCUUAACUGGUCUUUCAUAAAGCCCCACAUAUUAACAAGCUCUCCGAAAUGGUGGCUUUCUGAUCUAUUAUGCAUUGUAACGAGGGCUUGCUGCGAUUUUAAUCUCCUCUGGCAGACCCACUGCCGCGCUGGGGCGUUGCGUACCACGAAGUGUCACGUGCGUAGCUCUGAGGUGCGGGGGGACACACACGUUUGGUGACGUUUUGCUCUGUCAUGUGCUCUGAUCUGCAAAACUGAAGAGAAGGGAAUGGGGUUUCGGUUUAUAAAUGUGAUUUAGCCGUGUUCUGCUGUACCCGUGGGUAACAGUUCUGGUAAAUUCAUGUAACGUUACGUAGCGAUAAAGGCAAAGGGUUAAAAAUGUAAGUGGCAAAAGUGUUUUGAUAAAGCUGUUGUCAGUAGGUUUUCAAUAAUUUGAUUUUUCUUCUUAUAAUAUUAUGA